AUGGUAGGAUCGGAUCACAGGCCUGUAGUGGCUGUUAUGGAGGAUAAAAUCCCUAAAAGGCGAGGGCAAUUCCGGUUCGAUAAGAGAUGGAUUGGAAAAGAUGGACUAAUGGAUUCUAUUGCUAUGGGUUGGUCGAAUGACCAGGAGAAUGAAAAUGGUGAUAUUGUAACAAAAAUUAGCAACUGCCGUCAUGAGAUUGCUAAAUGGAGAAAGGAUAACCCCCAUUUGAUGGAUAAUUCCAGGACUCAAGAGGAUAUUAUGGAGGUAUCACGGAAAUUACAAGAGGCAUAUAAGGAUGAAGAAGAAUAUUGGCAGCAGAAAAGUCGGAACAUGUGGCAUGUCUAUGGGGAUCUCAAUACGAAUUUUUAUCAUGCCUUGACGAAACAAAGAAGAACACGCAAUCGGAUUGUGGGUCUCCAUGAUAACAAUGGGAAUUGGAUUACCGAGGAUAAUGGUGUGGAGAAGGUGGCAGUAGAUUAUUUUACUGAGUUAUUUGGUACAACGGCUCCCUCAGAUUUUGACAGUUUCCUGGAAGAUAUAAGACCAGAUAUUACCCCACAGAUGAAUCAACGCUUAUUAAGACUGGCAACGGAAGAAGAGGUGCGACAGGCUUUAUUUAUGAUGCACCCAGAAAAGGCACCUGGACCCGAUGGAAUGACGGCAUUGUUUUUCCAGCAUUCAUGGCACAUUAUAAAACAUGAUGUGGUAGCUCUGGCACAAAAGGACGAAUGUCAAACUAUCCUCAAGAUAUUAAAGGAGUAUGAGGCAGUGUCUGGUCAACGCAUUAACUUUCAAAAAUCAUCUAUUCAAUUUGGCCAUAAGAUCGAGGAAUCUUGUAGACAGGAAAUGAGAAAUAUUUUGGAUAUUCAGAAUGUGGGUGGUAUGGGAUCUUAUCUGGGAUUGCCGGAAAAUCUUGGAGGAUCUAAAAUUCAAGUAUUUGGGUUUCUUCAAGAUCGCUUAAACAGUAGGAUUAAUGGUUGGACUUUCAAGUUUUUUACGAAAGGAGGAAAGGAGGUAAUUAUUAAAUCAGUGGCUACUGCCCUGCCUAAUCAUGUGAUGUCUUGCUAUCGGUUGCCAAAAGCAAUCACAAAGAAAUUAACGAGUGUGGUAGCACAAUUUUGGUGGAGCCCAGGAGGCAGCACAAAAGGAAUGCACUGGAAAUCAUGGGACAAAGUAUGCCUUACUAAGGAAGAAGGAGGCCUGGGGUUUAAAGAAAUAUCAGAUUUUAACACGGCUAUGCUGGCCAAGCAAUUAUGGCGACUGAUCGAGAAACCUACCACUUUGUUUUCUCGAGUUUUCAAAGGACGGUAUUUCAGGAAUGCCUCACCCCUGGACCCGAUCCGCUCUUAUUCUCCAUCUUAUGGAUGGCGAAGUAUUUCUUCAGCUAGAUCUCUGGUUAGCAAAGGACUAAUUAAACGGGUGGGAACAGGAUCAUCCAUCUCUGUGUGGAAUGAUCCCUGGCUCCCAACCACUCGCCCGAGACCAGCAAACAAAAAACAUGCUACUAGUUACCCCGAUCUCACGGUUGAUCAACUUAUUGAUGCCGAUUUGAAAAAAUGGAAUUCUCAGGCAAUUAGGGCUCUCGUGGAUCCCCAAGACGUACAAAUCAUAGAAAGUAUCCCAAUUAGUAAAGUUCAGAGGGAAGAUAGAGAUGGAUGGCAUUUUACACAAAAUGGCAAGUAUUCAGUUAAAUCUGGGUACCAAUUAGAAAGGGUGUAUCCUGACAAGGAAAAACCUAUGUCAACAUUUGGACCUACAGUAGAUGUUCUAAAGGCGAAUUGUUGGAAAAUUCGCUGCCCACCAAAGCUUAAACAUUUUCUGUGGCAACUGGUAUCAGGGUGUAUAGCGGUUAGGAAGAAUUUACAUGCUCGGGGACUUACGGGAGACAUAUGUUGUGAUCGAUGCGGAGCUUCAGAGGAAUCAAUAAACCACGUGUUUUUUGAGUGUCCUCCAGCCCGUCAAGUGUGGGCUUUAUCUCAGAUACCAACUAGCCCACAUAUAUUCCCGACAGAGUCUCUUUAUACGAAUAUGGAUCAUUUGUUCUGGAGGGUUUCUCCCAAAAUGGAGGAUCAUCACUUUGCUUGGAUAUUAUGGUACAUUUGGAAAGGAAGGAAUAAUAAGGUUUUCAGCAAUUUGGAUAUUGAUCCUAGAGAUACACUAAAAAUCGCAGUAACUGAAACAAAGAGUUGGGAAGACGCCCAGGUGGUAUCCGCACAGGUAAUAGAUCGACCAACUCCGAGCUUACCGAUCAUCCCAGGACGUUGGUGUUUCACGGAUGGCUCUUGGAAAGACAAAGAUGUAUUUUCUGGUCAAGGGUGGUAUAGCACCCUAGAAGAAGAAUGGCCUGCUUUCGAUAGCUAUCUGGCAGAUAUCAAGAACUUGCGGGAGAACUUCCACAGCUCAGAGAUCAUUUAUGUACCACGCACACAAAACAAGAAGGCCGAUGGACUAGCACGAGGGGCUAGAACUCAAGCGUCUUUUGUUGUGCACAUGGAUGACGAGCCACCAACAUGGUUUACAGAGUCUAUAUGA